GAGCCCCAGUGGAAGAUCUGUGUGGCCACAUAAAGCACAGGGGAGCGGGAGUAUUGUUCUCAGAGCGUGUUGUUGUAGCUCAGGCCACGCGGUGCGGCACGAGGCAGCGUUUAGCGGCAGCGACCUCAUUGUGCUUUACAUAAAGAAAAAAAUACUGAUAUGUUUAACUGGUGAAACACAGGAUUAUAACAAAACUUUAAAUGGACAGUAUAGAGAACAAGUUUGUCUUUACCUCAGCGGCACCGUGGUGCGAAAAAACAAAACAAGUACAGGUCGAGGGGCCAGGGCCAGUUCCGGGAGCGGCACCGGCCAGCCCGCGGUCCUCCUGGUGUUGGCGGCCACACCACGGCCCCGCUCAUCUCGCCAGCGACAACGUAAAAGGAAGAUAGACAGUGAGAAAGCGAAGGAGAAAGGAACAAGAGUCGGCCAGUCGAGAAAGUCUGAGAGACUUUCUUGAACAGAAAGUAGAACAGAGGCUUGCCGCACCCUCUUCGACAUUGCCAAGACACUAUGCUAGCUGGGACCCUUUUGCUGUCGACUGUCGCCUUCCAUCUAGCCGCUGGCGUCGGCGAGUCGGUCAGACAAUAUCACUUGUAUCUACAGGAGGCGCUACAGAUCAGCCACCCUGCCUCUCACUCCUCAACAGUAGCGGCGCUUCGGCGAUUCAAGAGUUUCUCGUGCACGACACGCAGGGACGGAGUGUAUCCAGAGCUCGCCUCCAGCUGUUCCUAUUACUACAGGUGCCUGGAUGGGGCAGUGUUCUCGUACGUGUGUCCCCCCGGGCAAGCCUUCCACUACCCCAGCGAGGAAUGCCGCCCCGCCGGGGAGGUGACCUGCCCGCACCUGCCCCCCGCCUCCCCGCCUUGCAUCAACCAGAGUGACGGCUACUACCCGGACUACAGGCAAGACUGCAAAAGCUACUACAGAUGCACCAACAGUUCCCUGAGUGGGCGGUGGCAGUGCGGGGGCGAUGGGGUGUGGGAUUCCUCAACAGGAUCCUGCGGGACGGGAUCUCUGUUGGUGUGUUCUCCUCCCUCUUGCUGGGGACUCCCUGACGGCCCGCACCCCGCGCCAGGAUCCUCGUGCACUGCCUACUUCACUUGUGCCGGCGGCGUCAGGACGGACCACGUGUGUCCCUACAACUCCAUAUUCGACUACACUCUCAAGCGAUGUGUAGCGGGGAAGUCUUCCGUGUGCUACGAGCAGGCGUGCGAGGGCAGAGUGAACGGGCUGCACGCUGUCCCUCACGCUCCCUGCAACUCCUUCUUCCGGUGUUUCAAUGGCGCCCUCGUCAAGGUGGAGGAGUGUCCCAAGCAUCAGAUCUUUGACGGGCGUCGCUGUGUCUCUGAGAGGAAUUUUUCGUGUUGGGGAGAAGGUCGCGGGUCAUGUGAGGGUAAGGAUGACGGCUUCCAUGUCUCACCCGACACUGACUGCCGAGCCUUCUUCCUCUGCCACCACCAGCAAUUCAUUCGGGCAUAUAAGUGCUCUCCGGGACUAAUGUUCAACGGCAAAGAAUGCGUCGAUGGCCGAAAUUCAAUAUGCAACGCCGGGUCGCCCCUUCCGGACUGUUCUUCGAAAAUCGAUGGCUAUUACACCAUGGAAAAAUCCGAAUGUAAGACAUUUUUCUAUUGCCAAGGCGGGAGCAAGAUGAGUGAGCACACGUGUCCCGGGAACAACGUAUUCAACGGGGAGCACUGCGUGGAUUCUGUGUUGUUCCGCUGCCCGUCACACCAGGAGCUGCAACACGCUAGGAACUUUACAAACAGUGUCGUCAGGACUCGUCGUUCAUCUGAUACCAGUUGUGAUUCCCAUGAGAAUGGUUUCCAUCUGGACGAGGCUUCACAGUGUAAAAGUUUCUUUCAUUGCCAAAAUGGUCAGAAAGAUUCAUCUGGCACCUGCCCUCAGCAGCAAGUGUUUAAUGGCGUCCGCUGCGUGCCUGAGGAGGAGUACAGCUGCCCUGUGACGUCCGAUGCUGCUGAGUGUGCUGUGCGAGAAGACGGAGUUUAUCAGGACACGGGGGAUGGCUGCAGGUCCUUCUUUCACUGUCUCUCUGGAGUAAAGACUUUAUUCAGGUGCCCGGAGGGAGAGCUUCACGAUGGGCAAGCCUGCCGGGUGGCCUCAGAGGUCUUCUGUCCACCAUCCUCGCUUUGUUAUCUUCGUGAUGACGGAGACUUUGUUGAUGCAAGUCGAGGAUGUCGCGGCUAUUUCUCCUGUAGGAGCGGCACACUGAUCAAAUACACCUCGUGUGGUCAGGGAAUGCUGCAUGAUGGACGCACGUGUGUCUCUACGUUACACCACUCCUGCCCGACUGCCACCUCCACUAUCUGUUUAUCUCAGCCUGACGGAAUGUAUCCCGAUCCAACAACAGGAUGCGGCCGGUGUUUUAAGUGCAGUGGGGGCAAGAUGGCUGCGUCCCUGCAGUGUCCUCCUGAAGUGGUGGAAGAGUGGCAGGCCUGCUCGAAGGACGCCGCCACCUCGCUGAUUGCUGGAGCAGGGCGGUGCAGGGGUGGACAGGAAGGCUUCAUUCAGGACCUGGCCUCCGGGUGUUCCAGGUACUACCACUGCUCCGGAGGCAAGCUGUUCCCCCGCCAGUGUCCCGAGGGCCGUGUGUUUGAUGGAGUGGCGUGCGUCCCCUUCAGCCAGUACAAGUGUCCGCCGACUGCCGCGGUGUCUGACGCAGAGUGCAGGGAGGGAGACGGUCAUCACGCCCAUCUCAGCAGUGGGUGCCGUACAUUCCACGUCUGCCAGUCUGGCCGUCGUGUCAAUCACGCGUGCCCCGUCGAGCAAGUCUUCAAUGGCGUCCAGUGUGUCCCUGCCAGUCAGUUCACAUGUCCCGCCGUGUCAUUUUGCGAGGGCAGAGGUAAUGGAUGGUACCAAGAUUUCUCAUCCAGCUGCAGGAAUUUUUUUUAUUGUUACAAUGGAUACCAGCAUGAACUCACUUGUCCCAGUGAACAAAUAUUCGAUGGCCAUACUUGUGUCCCAUCGUUCACUUACAACUGUCCAAAUGCAGCAAGGGACAACGACUGCCUCGGAAAGAAGACAGGUUUUUAUCCUGAUAUUGACUCAUCGUGCCAUAAGUACUUUGCUUGUAAGAAUGGAAUAAAGGUACAGACUUUAAGGUGUCCCAAGAAACACGUGUUUAAUGGUGAGGUCUGCGUGCCAUCCGCCAUGGCCUCCUGCCUCCCGUCCCAGGCACCGUUCACCCCCCACCUCAUUGCCACGGUCAUCUCUGCUGCACUUACUCAGAAAAACAUGGUAUCGAGGUCCUCCGUUCCAAUGAAAGACCUGAAAGAUACAUCGGCUUUGCAACACUUAGAAAGAAAAACAAAGGACAACAUGGAGGGUCUUCACAGUGCGGGAAUUAAAAAAGAAUGGUUAUCAAAAAUGUGCGCUGACCUUCCCAACGGAAGUUACGCUGAGGUUCAUUCCCGUUGUAAUAGUUUCCUAGAGUGUGGUGACCGUCCAAGAAGGUCCCAGUGCCCCACUGCGUUGGUGUUCAAUCCCAUCAACAACGCCUGUGAAUCCCCAGACAAAUACACCUGCCUGACCACCAAUCCUUGCCAGUCUCUCAGUGACGGAAUUCACGCAGAUGUGCAGAGCCAGUGUCGCAUUUUCUUCACCUGCCUUGCAAAGAAAGUAAGUCUCAUAUCAUCCUGCCCUGAGGGCCAAGCAUUCAGUCUGGCUGCCGGCAGGUGUCAGUCGGAAGGAGUGUCGUGUGGCGGGACUGACGCCAUUCUAGUAUAGUCUUACGUCCCCCGCUGUACAAUUCUCACUCCCACGUAUGGUUAGUUUUAUAUCCCCUCAGGUUUCCCCAUUUAUAAAAGUGCAUUUCUUUUUUUAGUUGGGCGUUAGUUAUAAUAGAGUUAGUUUAAAGUAAGUAAAUUGUCUAGGCUUUUUAGCCAGUGUUCUGGAGAAGGCGAGGCGCGGCGGUGAUGAGGGCGUGGGACAAUUCCCGGCCCCCUGACGUCACCCGCCGCCCCGCACUAACCAGAGUGAUAGAAGGUUUGUAUAGUACAAGCUGAACGAGUAGGCAGUUUUCUGCCAGGCUGGAGUUGUAUAUGUAAUUAUUAUUACUACUUGUACUUUCUGUGAAAGACUUGUGAAUCUUAUUCAGUGUUAAAGUCAGAUAGAUAUAUUUUUUUUGGACUCGUUGAUGUUCGCAAUCAUUAUGUUUUUGCAUGUUUAGUGUACAUCAGAAUUCAUUUUGUGAUAUUUAUUUUCCUGACGUGUUUAAAUGUAGUGUGCAGGGUAUAGGUGACAGUGUGUGGUGUACACAAGGGCCGCCGCCCUGUCCCGCAUCGCUUUGUGGUUGCUUGGGUGUGCUGCUCACCACACACGCGUCACGGCACCCAGGAAUUGGUGAAGGCUGGUUGGCGGUCUUUACAUUGUCUCAAUUGUAUUUACAUUGUCUCAAUUGUAUGUGAUGUCUAAAUUUUGUAGAAGGCAGCUGAACAACCUCACUGAGUCUGAGAAUCUCAUGGGCUCAUUGUAACUAAAUUACACGGAAAAUAUUGCAAGUUUGCAUGACUACUAAGAUUUUACUUUCAGUGGUAUUGUGUUCUUGAACAUUGAGAGGUGAUGUAUCUUUACGUUUACUUUCAGUGGAAAACCCUACUGUCACUUUUACCGAUUGAGAAAAUUAUUGAUUUCAAUGUGAAGACUUUCAGCAACUUGGUAUGAAUCCUGGUGAUCCUCACAGUGAGCCUCGAGCCACACCGCCUUGGUCACGGCAGUACAAGAUGCCGGUCAGCCGCGAGCAGCGCCCCUUCACUCGUGAUCCUCCUGUAGCUCGACGUGACUGAUGGCAUCACAACAUUGGAAGUUAGUUAGGCUUACAAACGUGUCCCACUAACGAGUACACUUCAAGGAAAACUCAUUGCCAUUUUGUUUGGCUUUCGUUCUUUGCAGUUUCGAAAAUUUCACUCCUGAUAUUAAUGGAUUUCGAAACACCAUAAAAUAGGCACUUUUUGUUUUCACGUAGCCCCAAUUUCAAUUUCAAGACCCUUAUGGGUAUUUGUGUGUGUGUGUGUGUGUGUGUGUGUGUGUGUGUGUGAUAUAUAUAUAUAUAUAUAUAUAUAUAUAUAUAUAUAUAUAUAUAUAUAUAUAUAUAUAUAUAUAUAUAUAUAUAUAUAUAUAUAUAUAUAUAUAUAUAUAUAUAUAUAUAUAUAUAUAUAUAUAUAUAUAUACAUAUAUAUACUUAUAAUUAUCAUUAUCAUUUAUCAAGCGUGGAUUCGUCUCCUUGGAAGAAAAGAAAAGAAAGGUGUGUGUGAAGCGAGAGCAUUUCAGUGUACAACUAGAGGUUGUGAUGCUGAUGUCUGCAUUCGUUUUGAAUGCAUCGCUUAGCUAACAUAAGCACUGAAAUGUUCCACCUCUCAAAACAAAUAUUCUAGUUUUACUCUGGUUGUCAUGAUAACUUAUGUCUGAGGGGGACGUUACACUGUAAAAUAUUACAACAGUGGAUAAGAAGUGAAGCGAAAAAGAAGGUACAGAACUGGUGAUACACGGAGUUGUGAUCAAUUGUUUUUUGAGGCGCCGCACAGUAUCCCUGACAUCCUUGAGUGCACGAGCAACUACUGGGCCCGUGAUGCUUGAGUCCCCAGGGAGCACAGCCCAGCAGUCUUCGCAGUCCACAGCACCACUUGGUCUCCGGCAAGCGUGCCAACUUACUGGUGACGUGCCUUAAGAAACAGAGAAGCGCCAGUUAAGUUCUUAUGACUUUCGCUGUGAAUAAUAAAUCAUGUGAAAUAUUGUUUGUAACUGCCAUUAAACAUAAAUGUUCAUAAAA